AUGUCAAAAUCAAACUUUCUUGACAAAGUUUUCGAAAAGCGUAAAGUUGAUGGUUUUCAAUUUAAAGCGUUUGUGACAGCUUGUGGUUUAGUUCAACGUAGUGGAAAUAUUUUCACAGUAACAGGGCUUAAAAUUAUUCCAAACACCACUGUUGUAAAGGCUCUUCAGUCUCGAGUUGAAACCUCCCAUCACAAUGAAGCUUUGUCUAAGCAAAUGGCACUUUAUCAACAUACAUCAAAUACAACAUUCGUUCAGAAUAAAUGUCGAUUGUAG